GCACGUUGUGUCCAGCAGCAAGCAGGUGGCACAAGAAGGUAAAUCCGGUUGCUUAAGCCUUUGUCGGGGGUUGUCCUGCGGCUGUGGCCUGGGAACAAGCUGGCUCCGAAGUCUCCUCUCCUGGAGGAUUUUUGUUGCCAAGAUACUACAGCGAGGAAGAUGAGAAGGUUCUUAAGACCCGGACAUGAUCCAGUGAGAGAGAGGCUUAAACGCGACCUUUUCCAGUUUAACAAGACUGUGGAACAUGGAUUUCCCCAUCAACCUAGUGCACUGGGCUAUAGCCCGUUUCUCCGCCUCAUGGCCAUUGGAACGCGAUCGGGAGCCAUUAAACUGUAUGGUGCUCCUGGGGUGGAGUUCAUGGGUUUACAUGAAGAAAACAAUACUGUAAUGCAGAUUCACUUUAUACCUGAUCAGUGCCAGCUGGUGACAUUGCUGGAUGACAACAGCUUGCACCUCUGGAGCUUGAAGCAGCAUGGUGGAGCCUCUGAGCUGCGGGAGGAGCAUCGCUUCACACUGAAAGGACCGCCUGGGUCUCCACCGAGUGCCACGCAGAUAACAGCUGUCCUUCCCCAUUCCUCACGGGAAGUCCUGUAUCUUGGCACGGAGAGUGGCAACAUCUUUGUAGUGGAGCUUCCAUCAUUCAGAGUGCUGGAGGACAGGACCAUAACCUCUGAGGCUGUGCUGCAGCGGGUACCAGAAGAUUACUGUAACAGGCGAUCAUGUGAAUUGGUGGAAGCCCUUCAAGAACAUCCUAAGAACCCUGAUCAGAUCCUGAUUGGAUACAGCAGGGGCUUGAUUUUCCUCUGGGACCUGCAAAAUAACAAAGUGACACACCUUUUUCUGGGCACUCAGCAACUGGAGAACCUCUACUGGCAGAGGGAUGGCAGUAAAUUCGUUAGCUGUCACUAUGAUGGAAGUUACACCCAGUGGCCAGUAUCCAGUGACAACAGGCAGCCUGAGCCCCUGGAACACCUUGUGCCUUAUGGUCCUUUUCCUUGCAAGGCCAUCUCCAAGAUCUACUGGCAGACAACAAAAAAUGGGCUUCCUUACAUUAUAUUCCAAGGAGGGAUGCCCCGGGCUAGCUAUGGUGACCGGCACAGUAUCUCUGUUGUCCAUGGCAGUCAGCAAACAGCCUUUGACUUCACAUCACGGGUGAUAGACUUCUUUAUAAUCUUCAGUUCGGAGCCUACUGCAGAGUUUGAUGACCCUUCUGCUAUGGUGGUGCUGGCAGAAGAAGAGCUGGUAGUUAUAGACUUGAAAACUGCAGGCUGGCCAGCAGUCCAUCCUCCAUACCUGGCUUCUCUCCAUUGCUCAGCUAUCACCUGCUCACACCACAUCUCCAACAUCCCGCUCAAACUGUGGGAGAGAAUUAUCAGUGCUGGGAGCAAGCAGAACAUUCACUACUCAAAUAUGCCGUGGCCGAUUGAUGGUGGCACCAGCAUAGCUCCAGAUCCUCCACAGAGGGACUUGCUUCUAACAGGGCAUGAAGAUGGCACUGUGAGGUUUUGGGAUGCGUCUGGUGUCUGCUUACAUCUCCUUUAUAAGCUGAGUACAGUGCGAGUAUUUCUCACCGAUGCUGAUCCCAAUGACAAUAUGAACACCCUAGGUGAGGAUGAGUGGCCUCCGCUUCGCAAGGUUGGGACCUUUGACCCUUACAGUGAUGAUCCUAGACUUGGGAUCCAGAAGAUCUACCUGUGUAAAUACAGUGGAUACUUGGCUGUAGCUGGUACAGCAGGACAGGUACUGGUGAUGGAACUGAAUGAUGAAGAUGCAGAACAUGUUGUGGACCAUGCUGAAGCAGAUCUUCUGCAGGACCAAGAGGGCUAUCGAUGGAAAGGUCAUGAGAAACUAAAAACUCGAGAUGGACCUGUUCGAUUUGAAGCUGGUUUUCAGCCAUUUGUCCUUGUCCAGUGUCAACCACCAGCUGUGGUCACCUCAUUGGCCCUUCACUCUGAAUGGAAGCUUGUGGCCUUUGGUACCAGUCAUGGUUUUGGGCUUUUUGACCACCAGCAGAAACGACUGGUCUUUGUCAAGUGUACGCUGCAUCCCAGUGACCAGUUGGCCUUAGAAGGCCCACUGUCUCGGGUGAAAUCCUUGAAGAAGUCCCUCCGUCAAUCAUUCAGGCGGAUCAGAAGAAGCCGUGUGUCCAGUAGGAAGCGACGAGGAGGUAGUGGAAAUGCCUCAGAGGUGCAAGAAGCCAAUGCCAAAUUUGACCAAGACACAUUGCAGGAAAUGGAACUGGCUCCAGUCCAGCGGAAGAUUGAAGCCCGCUCUGCAGAAGACUCUUUCACUGGCUUUGUGCGAACCUUAUAUUUUGCUGAUACCUUCUUGAGAGACAGCUCUCGCCACUGCCCAUCCUUGUGGGCAGGCACCAAUGGAGGUACAGUCUAUGCCUUCUGUUUGCGUGUUCCUCCAGCAGAGAGAAGAAUGGAUGAACCUGUCAGGGCAGAGCAGGCCAAAGAAAUUCAGCUGAUGCACAGGGCUCCUGUUGUGGGUAUACUUGUCUUGGAUGGACGCAGCACGCCCCUCCCAGAACCUCUAGAAGUAGCACAUGACCUUUCUAAGAGUCCUGAUAUGCAAGGCAGCCAUCAGUUGUUGGUGGUGUCUGAAGAGCAAUUUAAGGUAUUCACCUUACCUAAGGUUAGCUCCAAACUGAAGCUCAAGCUGACAGCCCUGGAAGGCUGUAGGGUACGGAAGGUGACAGUUGCGAACUUUAGCAGCUGCAAGACUGACGAUUACAGUGAAAAUGACCUUGCUGUCCUGACUAACCUGGGAGACAUUCAGAUCAUCUCGCUGCCCUUCCUCAAGUUACAGAUCCGCUACCCUUGCAUCCGCAAAGAGGAUGUGAGUGGCAUUGCAUCCUGUGUCUUCACCAAAUACGGACAAGGUUUCUAUCUGAUCUCGCCAUCGGAGUUUGAGAGGUUUUCCCUUUCUGCUAAAUGGUUAGUGGAGCCGCGGUGCAUUGUGGACAUGCCAGAAGUUACAAGUAACAACCAUGUGCACACCAAGUCUGGCAUGGAGAGUGCUGCAAGAAAAUCCAGGGGAUCAGGAAGGAGUUCGGGUGGCUGUGGAGAAGAUGAAAGGAAGUCUGGGAGGCUGAUGGAACAUGCCUUGCUCAACGAUGAAAAAGUCCUGAAGGAGAUCCAGAGUACUCUGGAGGGGGGAAGAGGGAGAGAUCACAUUCCCACAUCCCAAAGGAACAGGACUCUGAGUAUUCGCAUACAGGAGCUAUGCAGAAAGAAAUUUGGCAAGAAGCCCGUUAGGUCAUGGACUAAGUAAUGGAGGAGCAGAUUGACCAGAAUUCAUCAUGGACUUUCUGGCAUUGGAUUGAGUGCCAUACACUACUGACUGGGCAAACCGUCCCUGGGGAGAAGGCACCGCUGCUCCUGCAUUGCAGGCUAGAGAGCUGCAGCUUGCAGCAUGCUGGCCUCUGCCUCCCCCUUUAGUGCCUCAUUAGAGACCUCUCCUCUUGGAGCCCACCUUGCAUUAGGACAGAAGUCAAUCGCCAGGUCCGAUGCACCACAAGCCUCUGAGUACAUCUGACUUUUAAAUGUUUGCACAUUUCUCUUUUCUACUGGGCUGGGUUUUAAAUUAUAAAUGUUACUGCCUUGGUGCAGGAUUUUAAUAAACGCACACUGUUACCUCCAACUGGGUUAAAAUUAUUUUUUGUAUAAUUUUUUAAAAUCUGGUAUUUCAGUUAUAAUGGAAACAGUUCAGAAAUUUACUUUUAAAAACAAUUGAGUAAUAUAUGCUAGAUUCCUGUGACUACUGUAUGUGGUAUCUGAAUGAGUAAUUUGGGGGUUUGUUAUGGUACUGUUAACUGGCUUUAUGGAUUUGGGUAGAAUCUAUUUUUGUAGCCAUUCAAAUCAGAGGAAAACUAAUUGAACUUGAUUUUUGUUUCAACACUACAUUGCUCUUUUUUUGGAAAUAAAACUCUGAAUUCCCUUUUGUGA